UCUUCUGGAUUUUGAAGCCCCUAAAUUGGUAACCGGCGUCGUUUGAAAGGUUGAAACCACAAGUAUGUAACCGGGUCGCGGGUGUGUGUUUGACCGCGGUCACAGCGGAGAAAUGAAGCGCUGAAGAUGACGCUCAUGGAUUUACCGGCUAGCUCAGCUAACGGCUAGCAUGUCCGCCUCGGUUGUAGUCUGUCACUAGCUGACAUUUAGCUGGGUGCAGUUAUUCUGUUGGGCACUCGCACUGCAGAGGACGGGGUUUUACAAGGGAGCUGGGGUAAACUCCCAUGCGGAAGGUGAGGAGGUGGGAAUGUGAGACAGUUGUUAGCGGACUCAACAUGGGUAGGGGCCGAGGCAGAGGGAGAGGAAGGGGCAGGGGCUCAUCUGGCCAGUUGCGGCCCCCCUCGCCCUACAGACUGCAGCUCUCUCCAUCCAGGGAGACACUGACAUACGCUCAGGCACAGAAAAUAGUUGAAGUGGACCUCGAUGGAAGGCUCCAUCGGAUUAACAUCACAGAUCCUUUGCCAGUCAUAACUGAGGAUGAGAUGAUGGCCCAGGACAUUGCUGAGUGCAACAGCAACAAGGAGAACAGUGAGCAGACGCAGAGUAAAAGCAGGUCGUGGAGGAAACCUUCAAACAGUAAAGGCAGGAAGAGUGGUAAAAAUACUUCUCACCAGAAUCAACGCUCUGGUUCCCAGCAGCAAACCGGAUCUACUAAUUCCAUUCAGCACCUGUCCCAAACCCCUCUGCCUGAACCCACUUUCCGUGUGCUGAGUUCAGUUUGCCCUUCAGAGGCUCCUCCUCUCCCAACAGCUUACUACCGCUUCAUAGAGCAGUCAGGGGAGGAACAAGACAGUGUGGCUGAGUAUGACAUGGACGAGGAGGACCUGGCCUGGCUAGAGAUGGUGAACCAAAAGAGAGUGUCUGAUGGCCAUGCCUCUGUUUCUGCGGACACUUUUGAGCUUCUGAUCGACCGCCUCGAGAGAGAGUCCAUCCUGGAGUCCCGUAGCCAGGCACUGUCGCAGAGUGCCGUCGAUGAGGACGCCUUCUGCUGCGUCUGCCUGGAUGAUGAAUGUCUGAACAGUAAUGUCAUCCUGUUCUGUGACAUCUGCAAUCUGGCUGUCCACCAGGAGUGUUACGGUGUGCCAUACGUCCCUGAGGGUCAGUGGCUGUGCCGCUGCUGCCUGCAGUCCCCCUCCCGUCCUGUAGACUGUGUGCUCUGUCCCAACCGAGGAGGUGCCUUCAAACAGACAAGUGAUGGACGUUGGGCCCAUGUUGUCUGUGCCAUAUGGAUCCCAGAGGUAUGCUUUGCCAACACGGUGUUCUUAGAGCCAGUUGAGGGGGUUAAGAACAUCCCUCCUGCUCGCUGGAAGCUCACCUGUUACCUGUGUAAGCAGAAAGGCAGGGGAGCAUCCAUUCAGUGCCACAAAGCCAACUGCUACAGGGCCUUUCAUGUCACCUGUGCCCAGAAGGCUGGCUUGUUUAUGAAGAUAGACCCAGUCCGGGAGACAGGCGUUAACGGCACCACAUUCUCUGUGAAGAAGACUGCUUUCUGUGAGCAUCAUUCUCCAGUGGGGUCCCGGCGGGACGGGUCUGGAGACGAGUCAGUUGAAGGGAGACUGGUGGGCGGCAGGGGUAACCGGGGUCAAAGGUCUUACACUCAAAGUCCCCCCCCAACACCAAAUAAGAAGGGUACCAAGGGCCAGAAAAAGAAGACAAAAGGGUCUGGUGGGUCAACACGUCGCUCAACUGUGCCUGUGCUGCUCGUGCCUCAGAUUCCCUCCCACAGGCUGAACAAGAUCUGCACAGGAGUUGAAGUCCAGAGGAAGAAUCAGUUCAUGCAGAGGCUUCAUAACUACUGGUUGCUGAAAAGGCAGUCCCGAAAUGGGAUGCCUUUAAUACGCCGACUGCAUUCCCAUCUACAGGCGCACAAGACUGCAGAACAGAAGGAGCCUGAUGAGAAGCUCUGUGCUGCAAGAGAGGAGCUACGAUACUGGCAAAAGUUGAGGCAAGACUUAGAAAGAGCCAGGCUUUUGGUGGAACUUAUCCGCAAGAGAGAGAGGCUAAAGAGAGAGCAGAUGAAAAUUCAGCAGGCUGCGCUUGAACUGAAGUUGACCCCUGCGUUGGUGCUUCUCCGAUCCACCUUGGAGCAACUGCAAGAAAAGGACACAGCUAAAAUCUUCUCUCAGCCUGUCAAUCUAUCAGAGGUCCCAGAUUAUCUGGAGUUUAUUUCCCAGCCGAUGGACUUCUCCACCAUGCGUACAAAGCUGGAGGGACACGCCUACUGCUCCAUCACUGACCUGGAGAAGGACUUUGACCUCAUGAUCUCCAACUGCCUCAAGUACAACUCCAAGGACACCAUGUUCCACAGAACAGCCUUACAACUGCGGGAGGUGGGUGGAGCCAUUAUCCGCCACGCCCACAGACAGUCUCAGAGCAUCGGCCUGGACCCCAGUACCGGCAUGCACCUCCCAGAGUCUCCAAACAAACAUGGCUUCUACCACUGUACGUGGGAUGAUGUUGACUCUCUCUUGGACCCAGACAACAGACUUCACUUGACAACAGAUGAGCAGCUAAAGGUUUUACUUGAUAAACUGGACAUGGUUACAUCAAUGCGUUCCAGUGGCGGCCGAACCAAACGCAUUAGGUUACUGCGCCGAGAGAUCAACACUCUCAGGCAAAAGAUGAACCAGCAGAAGCAAAACCAGUCUGUGAAUGGUAAGGACAAGGACGAUGAAGGAAAGGAAGAAGAGGAGGAGGAACAGGAAGAGAGGAAAAAGAAAAAGCAGAAGACAAAUGUUGUGGAUAAUGGACUUUUGACAACAGUGUCCAACUCUGGGACAGAUGACUCUCCGCCUGUGUUAGAACUUACAUGUCCAGUGUCAUCGCCGCUGCCAGGAGAUGCCCCACUCGAACCUCCUGUCCUGGGCAUCGUGCCUGGAGGACGAAGGUCACCUGGGCGCUCCUACAAGCGUCAGAGAUCAUCCCGCAGCAGCAGCAAAACCCAGGUUGAAGAUGAGGCUGAAGUUGGUGAGACACCAUCUUUGCAAGCAGAGGCAGUUCACGAGGUCACACCUCUGGGGACGCCGCCAACUCUGCCGUUGAUUGGAGUCGGGCGUCGUACGUCUGUGCUAUUCAAGAAAGCCAAAAAUGGCGCGAGAGUCACAAAGAACAAAUCUCCCCCACGACAGAAUGGAAAAGCCACCCACGGCUUGGAUAGCACUCCUGCCAGCCCAAAUUCACCCAGCAUCACCAACAUCACCACCUUACCUCCAACUCCAAAUGCCUCCCCUACACCUCCCUCUCCUUCCUCGCACCACCUGAGGUCCAGAGGCCACAGUUCAGAAAGUGAAGCAGACAAACUCCCUCCACCACCCAGAGAAGGAGGCCUGACAAAUGGAAAGCACACCUCUGUAGACCAGGAUGAUGACCAAAAACUAAACUGUAGUGUCUCCCCACCCAAACGUAGUCGGGGUAAACCUGCAUUGGCUAAAGUCCCUGGCAGUGAGAAUGGAGACAUCUCUGGGCCUGAUAGUGAGAGGGAGCUCGCACCUCUGGACCUAGUCUGGGCCAAAUGCAGAGGAUAUCCAUCAUACCCAGCAAUGAUUGUUGACCCAGACAUGCCCCAGGAAGGGCUUCUUCACAACGGCAUCCCCAUCCCAGUGCCUCCUGUGGAGGUGCUCAAACUGGGCGAGUGGAGACAAACGGAAGCUGGCGAUAAGCUCUUCUUAGUGCUGUUCUUUGACACCAAAAGAACUUGGCAAUGGCUCCCUCAAAACAAACUGCUGCCGAUGGGGAUGGAUGACACUGUAGACAAGCUGCGCUUGAUGGAAGGAAAGAAACCUAGUGUCCGCAAGUCUGUACACACUGCGUACGACCGGGCCAUGGUACAUUUAAACCACGUGAGAGGAAAUCUCAACUUCACUCCCUCCAAUUUUAUAUGAAUUUUAGUUUUCCGUUUUUAUCAUCUUUAACAGGCUGCCUGGUUAUAUGUACAGAAGCUUCAUCGAUACUCUUAAAAAGGUGGAAAUUAAAUUGUUCCUGAUGGUUUUCUGCAUAAAACUGUUGCUCUGACUUUCAAAAGGUUUUCAUGAGAUUUUUUAAAAAAGGAUUUACACAACCACUGUUGCUAUGUGUUCAUAUAAAGUUUUUAUUUUAGGCCAAAGUGAGUCAAGACUUUAAAUGAGAGAAGUGUAAAUAUUUAAUUGUCUAAGGGAUCGUCUUGAUUCAAAACAUAUUUAGAUUGUAUUUGCCAUUGCAAUGUCACUGUGUGUUUAAUGAAGUGUGGAAGUCUUACUUAACAUUCACUUUAUAUCUGGACUCUCAGGAUUGGUUUGGACAGCUACGGACAAAAACAUUAAUUUUAGCCUUUGAAAUUAGUGAAAAAUAUGAUCUAAGCAAGUUUUUUUUUUUUUUUAAAUCCACAAGGACACCAACUUAAAAUUUAAGAUAUUCCCUCCACAAAAUCAAAUCUAGCAUAUUCGGCUUGAAUUAUUUAUUGAAGUAAGUGUUUUUUUUUUACAAUUUGAAAUUAAGAGAAUUACUGCAAAGUUAUUGUCACAAGGCUGCCAAUGCAAACAUUCUUAAUAUUUUGUAGUCCAGCUAUGAUGUGUUGUAGGUGGGACUUUAGAGGUGUUUACUUAUUUUUCCAUAUUGUGAAACUGUAUUGAUACUAGAAUGUCAGAGUACCCAGUGCAGCUAUUUGGUUAGUAAGAUGUGAAGCCACUGCAGAGGUGAAGCUGGUUAUUUAUGUGGUUACAACAGAGUCUACUGCGAUCACUCACUAACUGAGGAACUUGCAGGUUGUUUGAAAAUCUGGCUGAAAUGACUUGAAAAGCACAAUCGGUCUGUUUUUUGGAGGGAGGAAAAAAAACCAACUUCUGGAGCCAUAUGAGUGGCAAAUGUGUGUGUGUGUGUGUGUGUGUGUGUGUGUAUGUGUACAUGUACAGUAUAUACAUAUAUGUAUACGAGCUCAGUGUAGUAAAGGUGCAUGUGUAUAGUUCUGUAAAUAUGUAAAUCUAUGUUUAUAUUGGCUUACAUGAAGUAAUUUAAGGAAUGCAAAAAUCAAAUUUAGAUUUUAAUUUAUAACUUGUGGCAGUUGAGAGUGUUAUUUAAAAAGUAAAUAUUGAAAAGGUUUAUGUAUGAUGCUAAGUAGCUCUUUGUAAUAGUGAUGGUCUUCACCAACAUGUCAGAACAUAUUCUCUACAAGCGAGGCGUCACCAGACCUGAGCGCUCUGUAGGCUGCAGUGACUGCGCUCGCCCACUGGAGGCUUUUCUUUCUUAGGUGGCACAGGUGAUUUUUUUCGAUCUUGUCAUUUGAAUUGUACGGCAAGAUCUAUAAUCUGCCUGAGGCAAUAUUUUCUCACACAAGAAUAAAUGCUGUUUG